GCAGACAGCAUCCGGGGUUGGGUGGAUGCAAACAACCAUGAAACACUGGGCUCGCUCCUUCCCCUUCCCCGGCUCAGCUGCUGCCGCCGCCACCGCCGCUCCUCCUCCCGCCGCCGCCAGGAGGGCUCCGCUGUGAGGGGAGGCAGGGGCGCAGCCGCUGGGCGUGAAUCCGAAAGGGGAGCGCCGGAGAGCCCGAGGAGGGGGCGGGCAGGCCACGAAAAUGUCCUCGGCCGUGGGGCCCCGCGGUCCUCGCCCACCCACGGUGCCUCCCCCGAUGCAAGAGAUGCCCGACCUGAGCCACCUGACCGAGGAGGAGAGGAACAUUAUCUUGGCAGUGAUGGACCGGCAGAAGGAAGAGGAGGAAAAAGAAGAAGCCAUGCUCAAGUGUGUUGUCAGGGACAUGGUGAAGCCUGCUGCCUGCAAAACACCAAGAAAUGCUGAAAACCAGCCCCACCAACCUUCACCGAGAUUGCAUCAACAAUUUGAAAGCUAUAAGGAACAAGUAAGAAAAAUAGGGGAAGAAGCACGUCGCUACCAGGGCGAGCACAAAGAUGAUGCUCCGACUUGUGGAAUCUGUCAUAAAACAAAGUUUGCUGAUGGGUGUGGCCAUCUCUGCUCCUACUGCCGAACCAAGUUCUGUGCCCGCUGUGGAGGCAGGGUGUCUCUGCGAUCAAACAACGUUAUGUGGGUAUGCAAUUUAUGUCGAAAGCAACAAGAAAUAUUAACCAAAUCUGGGGCUUGGUUCUUUGGAAGUGGCCCUCAGCAACCAAGUCAGGAUGGAACCUUAAGUGACACAGCUACAGGUGCUGGUUCUGAGGUACCUAGAGAAAAGAAAGCACGGCUGCAAGAGCGAUCACGGUCUCAGACACCUUUAAGCACUGCGGCUGCCUUGGUCCAGGACACAACUCCUCCCCGCGGCACAAAAGCAGACAAGAGUAAGGGUGCUGAAGCCUCACAGCAAGCUAUGGGGCCCGACCAGAAGCAAGCUUCAUCCAGGUCUAGAAGUGAGCCUCCGAGAGAGAGGAAGAAAACUCCAGGGCUUUCGGAACAGAAUGGCAAGGCAGCCGUGAAGAGCGAGAGGAAACGAGUGCCCAAGUCUGCAGCUCAGCCGGGGGAGGGGGCGCUGGAAGAACGCGAGAGGAAAGAAAGGCGGGAAAGCAGAAGGCUGGAGAAAGGGCGGUCCCAGGACUUGCCAGACAAACGCGAAGAUGGCAAAACCAUGCUGGAUGAGGAGAAGCAAAGGAAAGAGGAGGAAUACCAGACCAGGUACCGCAGCGACCCGAACCUGGCGCGGUAUCCGGUGAAGCCGCCUCCGGAGGAGCAGCAGAUGCGCAUGCAAGCCCGAGUGUCCCGCGCGAGGCACGAGAGGCGCCACAGCGACGUGGCGCUCCCGCGCACCGAGGCGGGCGCCGCGCAGCCAGAGAGCAAGGCGGCCAAGCGGGCGCCCGCUGCACCCAGGGCCUCGCCGCCGGAGUCGCCCCGGGCCUACUCGGCCGAGAGGACUGCGGAUGUCAGGGCUGCGGGCACCAAGCAGUUAACGAACCACAGCCCGCCGCCGGAGCCUAGGCACGGGCCGGUGCCCGUAGAAAUCCCGGAGCCCAAAGCCCAGGAGCCUCUCAGGAAGCAGAGCCGCCUGGACCCCAGCUCGGCCGUGCUCCUCCGAAAGGCCAAGCGCGAGAAGGUGGAGACUAUGCUGCGCAACGACUCGCUGAGCUCCGACCAGUCCGAGUCGGUGCGGCCGUCUCCGCCCAAGCCUCACCGGUCCAAGAGGGGCGGCAAGAAGAGGCAGAUGUCGGUGAGCAGCUCGGAGGAGGAGGGCGUGUCCACGCCGGAGUACACGAGCUGCGAGGACGUGGAGCUGGAGAGCGAGAGCGUCAGCGAGAAAGGUGACUUGGAUUAUUACUGGUUGGAUCCUGCCACGUGGCACAGCCGGGAAACAUCACCUAUUAGUUCACAUCCAGUGACGUGGCAGCCAUCUAAAGAAGGGGACCGAUUAAUUGGACGUGUUAUUCUUAACAAGAGAACGACCAUGCCCAAAGAAUCAGGUGCAUUACUAGGUCUGAAAGUUGUUGGAGGGAAAAUGACUGAAUUAGGACGCCUUGGUGCCUUCAUCACCAAAGUAAAGAAGGGUAGCCUUGCAGAUGUAGUUGGACAUUUAAGAGCAGGGGAUGAAGUUCUAGAAUGGAAUGGUAAACCCCUGCCGGGAGCUACAAAUGAAGAAGUUUACAACAUUAUUUUAGAAUCAAAAUCAGAACCUCAAGUUGAAAUUAUUGUUUCAAGGCCUAUUGGUGACAUCCCAAGGAUUCCUGAGAGUUCCCACCCUCCACUGGAGUCUAGUUCAAGUUCCUUUGAAUCUCAGAAGAUGGAAAGGCCUUCUAUUUCAGUUAUUUCUCCAACCAGUCCUGGAGCUCUAAAAGAUGCCCCACAAGUCUUACCAGGACAACUUUAUGUAAAACUUUGGUAUGAUAAAGUGGGACACCAGCUGAUUGUAAAUGUUCUCCAAGCAACUGAUCUACCCUCUAGAAUAGAUGGGCGUCCUAGAAAUCCCUAUGUAAAAAUGUAUUUUCUUCCAGAUAGAAGUGAUAAAAGUAAAAGGAGGACCAAAACAGUAAAGAAAGUACUAGAGCCAAAAUGGAAUCAAACUUUUGUCUAUUCACAUGUACAUCGUAGAGAUUUUAGAGAGCGAAUGCUAGAGAUAACUGUGUGGGAUCAACCAAGAGUGCAAGAAGAAGAAAGUGAAUUUCUUGGAGAGAUCCUCAUAGAACUGGAGACAGCACUUUUAGAUGAUGAACCACAUUGGUAUAAACUUCAGACACAUGAUGAAUCUUCACUACCUCUGCCUCAGCCAUCACCUUUCAUGCCAAGGCGACAUAUUCAUGGAGAAAGCUCUAGCAAAAAGCUGCAAAGAUCUCAACGAAUCAGUGAUAGUGACAUCUCAGAUUAUGAGGUUGAUGACGGUAUUGGAGUAGUUCCUCCAGGUUAUAGGUCUAGUGCUAGAGAAAGUAAAUCUACAACAUUAACUGUGCCAGAACAGCAAAGAACAACUCAUCACCGCUCACGUUCAGUAUCUCCUCAUCGCGGCGAUGAUCAGGGAAGGCCGCGUUCACGUUUACCAAAUGUGCCAUUACAGAGGAGUUUAGAUGAAAUUCAUCCAACAAGAAGGUCACGUUCUCCAACCAGACACCAUGAUGCCUCCCGAAGUCCAAGUGAUUACAGAUCCAGAGAUGUGGAUAGUCAGUAUUUGUCAGAACAAGACAGUGAGCUUCUUAUGCUGCCCAGAGCAAAACGAGGACGAAGUGCAGAAUGCCUACAUACUACCAGUGAACUACAGCCCUCCCUUGACAGGGCUAGGAGUGCUAGUACCAACUGCUUGAGACCAGAUACUAGUUUGCAUUCACCAGAACGAGAAAGGGGUAGAUGGUCCCCCUCCCUAGAUAGGAGACGACCUCCUAGCCCCAGGAUUCAAAUCCAGCAUGCAUCUCCGGAGAAUGACAGGCACUCCAGAAAGUCUGAAAGAUCUAGCAUCCAAAAACAAACUAGGAAAGGCACUGCAUCUGAUGCAGAAAGGGUUCACCCACCAUGUCUUUCUAGAAGGGGAUACGCAGCCCCAAGAGCGACUGAUCAGCCAGUCUUUAGGGGAAAGCAUCCUGCUCGCUCAAGGUCGAGUGAGCACUCUAGUAUCAGAACACUGUGUUCUAUCCACCACCUUGCCCCAGGAGGUUCGGCGCCACCUUCUCCGCUUCUGACAAGGAUGCACCGACAAGGAAGUCCAACCCAGUCUCCUCCUGCAGAUGCAGCCUUUAGCAAUAGAAGAGGAAGACAACUCCCACAAGUGCCAGUGAGAAGCGGCAGUAUAGAACAAGAACAAGAAAAAAAUAAGUCUUCCACAAAAGCAAGCUUAGUAGUGGAGGAGCGAACAAGACAGAUGAAAAUGAAAGUACAUCGAUUUAAGCAGACAACAGGGUCUGGUUCUAGUCAAGAACUUGAUCGCGAGCAAUAUUCCAAGUAUAACAUACAUAAAGAUCAGUACAGAAGCUGUGAUAACGUCUCUGCCAAAUCAUCAGAUAGUGAUGUCAGUGAUGUGUCCGCCAUUUCCCGAACCAGCAGUGCCUCACGCCUCAGCAGCACAAGCUUUAUGUCAGAGCAAUCUGAACGUCCCAGGGGUAGAAUCAGUUCAUUUACCCCUAAAAUGCAAGGCAGACGGAUGGGGACUUCAGGAAGAGCCAUCAUGAAGAGCACCAGUGUGAGUGGAGAGAUGUAUGCACUGGAGCAUAAUGAUGGCAGUCAAUCGGACACAGCUGUGGGUACAGUUGGAGCAGGUGGAAAGAAAAGAAGAUCCAGCCUGAGUGCCAGAGUGGUUGCCAUAGUGUCUCGAAGAAGCAGAAGUACAUCCCAACUAAGUCAAACAGAAUCAGGUCAUAAGAAAUUGAAAAGUACCAUACAGAGAAGUACAGAAACAGGAAUGGCAGCUGAAAUGAGGAAGAUGGUAAGACAACCAAGUCGAGAGUCUACUGAUGGCAGCAUCAACAGUUACAGCUCUGAGGGAAACUUAAUAUUCCCUGGAGUACGACUAGGAGCUGACAGCCAAUUCAGUGAUUUUCUUGAUGGACUUGGACCAGCCCAGCUUGUUGGCCGCCAAACUCUUGCUACCCCUGCAAUGGGUGAUAUACAAAUUGGUAUGGAGGAUAAAAAGGGCCAAUUAGAAGUUGAAGUUAUUAGAGCAAGGAGCCUCACACAAAAACCUGGCUCCAAAUCUACUCCUGCCCCAUAUGUCAAAGUAUAUCUUUUGGAAAAUGGGGCCUGUAUAGCCAAGAAGAAGACAAGGAUCGCACGAAAAACCUUAGAUCCUUUGUAUCAACAGUCCCUGCUUUUUGAUGAAAGUCCACAGGGGAAAGUUCUCCAGGUGAUUGUCUGGGGGGACUAUGGCAGAAUGGACCAUAAAUGCUUUAUGGGUGUGGCUCAGAUAUUGUUGGAAGAACUUGAUCUGUCCAGUAUGGUAAUUGGAUGGUAUAAAUUGUUCCCACCAUCAUCACUGGUGGAUCCUACACUCACUCCCCUAACCCGCCGGGCUUCCCAAUCAUCUCUGGAAAGUUCAACUGGGCCUCCCUGCAUUCGAUCAUAGUGAACUCAUACCAGAAUCAUUCCAAUAAAACUCUACCUUUCAGAGUAAUAAAUGUUAACCAGAAAUUUCAUUAUCAAAAGCAUUGUUGGAGAGACAAUCAACUUGUGUUUAGCCUGUAGUAGUUUUUCAAUAAUAUGUUCCAAUUACUGUUUAAAACCUGGCUUCAUAUGACAGAACAAGGCAGUCUAUCAAAGUACAAUAAGAGUCAAUGUGCUAGUGAGAGUCACUGAUGCUUCUAAUAAACAGAAAUAAAGGAAAUUUCAGAUACACACACACACACACACACACACACACACACACAUCUUGAUCAAACUGGAAGCUCUCACUCUGUGAAAAGUUAUAUUUAACACGUUUCUACACAGACCACAAGCAGUGUUAUUUCCCUGGUAUUUGAGAAAUUUUGUUCUUUUAUUUAUCUGUGUGUUUGUUGAGUUUUGGUUUCUUGAGUUUUUUGUUUGUUUGUUUGUUUGUUUUAUACUGUAUUUGUUGUUUCCACAUGUUUUUCUACUGUGUCAUGACAGGCCUCUUGAUGCUUACAGAGACCCUUCCUUUCUUUUUCCAAAAGCAACCAAAAAAGGGCUGAAGUAGUCUCUGUAGCAUCUUCCCAAAGUGUUCAUCAACUAGGCAAGACGAGGCCAAUGAAGGGUUCACUGGCUUUCAUGUUAUAGUUCUUCAAUGUCUUAUGUGUAGAAAGCCAGAAAACAAAAAGUUACCUUCCAAAACAAAUAAUCACAGAAUCGCUUUUUUUAAAAUGAAGAGCAUACCUGUUUACAUUCUAGAAAAUUAAUUUAGGUUUUCCAUUGUUUUUCAUGGAAGACUUUUAAAGAUGUCAAUCUGCAACUAAUGCUGGGAACUAAAACUAACCACAUAAAUAUUUUUCAAAACACUCAUGUCAUGCCUUUUCUCCCUGAGACCCCUGAAAAAUUACAUGCUUAUGUGUAUAAACCAUACCUUUGACUUCCCAAAAUGGUGACUAGAAAUGGAUUUGAGCCUAAGACACUUUCAGCUAUGCCCAGGCUUUUUGGCUGUAUCUCGAUGUAUACAUACCCAUCUGCCCUGGAAAGAGCAUGGUAUGAGCUGUUCAGUAUUCCACUGGAAAUUCCAGUAGAAAUAUUCUGCACUAAACUAAUGUUUUAAUCAAAUUUUAGUUUACAUUGAUUUGAGAUUGAUGUAAGCACAAAGCUUGAUUUUUUUCAUGCAAGAUAUCUUACUUUGGGGGGGGUGGGGAGAGGGGGAAUAAAACAAAAUCAAAUUUCAAUGUGCAUUUUCUUCAUUUGAGUUUUCCUUGGCCUUGAAUUUCCCCUGUGACAUUCUGUAUAUGUGCUACAGACUGCAGACUCUGCAGGUGCAUCGAUACAUUCUUCCUCCUUUUAUGAGUCAUUCAACUUUUGUGGUUACACAAAUAGAGCAGCAUGACUUGGAACUGUUCAAAGAUGCAUGCAAGUUUUUGUAUAAAAAAAUCAAAAUGAAAAAGCAAAGAAACAAAAGGUUAUUUAAUAAUGUAUGUUAGCUCCACAUAGGCCAGCUUGUAUGUUGCAUGUAUUUGUACAGUUUGCUCGUUAAAUACUAUACUGAAAUAACAAAGAAAUCUAAGCCAUCCAUUUUUGUUAUAGACAUUUUACAAGUUUUAACCAAACUCAGUCUGAGUUUGGGGUAAAAUGUCUCUAGAUGGACUUUAUUUUUUACCCUCUGGAAAACGUGAUGUAGUACGGACCAAAUUCCUUCUAAUAAAUAUUUUGGUGUAGAUUCCUACUGUGGGGCUGUAACACAUGUAGACACUGUGUACACACUAGGUUUUAAUCCAUAGACAUACUGCCUGCACCAAGUGAAUUAUUUAUUAUUAUUUACACAUGCCAGAAUUAUCUGCUCAUCAUUCCACAGGGCACAGAUUGACCACUGCUCACCAUGCUGAGCAGGAAGAACUGAAGCAUUGGUGCACUUCAACUAGAUUCCGUUCUGUCUUAGUGGCCAACAAUCAACUAAUUAUAAUUGGGUAGUAUCUUUCUAUUUUGACCACUUGUCUUAACACUCCCCUGUGCUUUUAAAUGAACUUCCAACUCAUGUAUGUAAACAUGUUUAAUAAAAUUUACUUUUCAUGUCA